AUGGCCAAGGACAACAAUUCAAGCAGCAAAGGAGCAGCAGCAGAUAAAGAUACUGCUGCUGCUCCCCCUCCCCUUGAUGCUGCAGAUAUCGAUAUCCUCAAGUCUUACGGUUUAUCCCCCUAUGCUGGUAGUACAAAAAGGUUAGAGUCCGAGAUAAAGCAGCAAUUACAGAGAAUAUCUGUCUUAUGUGGUGUAAGGGAGAGCGACACAGGACUCUCCUUACCCUCGCAAUGGGACUUAGCAGCAGAUAAGCGUCUUAUGCAGGAGCAGCCCCUACAAGUAGCAAGAUGUACAAAAAUUAUACCUCCUAUGGGGGCCCCUUCAUCUGGGGGGCCCCAUAGUGGAACUGGAACGGGGGCCCAAGGGGCAUCAGGGGGGGCCCAGGGUACUGGUAAUAGUAUGGCGACAGAUGUAGAUGAGGAAACUAAAUAUAUUAUUAAUGUUAAACAAAUCGCUAAAUUUGUUGUUGGAUUGGGAGAGAAAGUUGCUGCUAUGGAUAUAGAAGAAGGAAUGCGUGUUGGAUAUGUAGGAGAAGGUGCAAGAAUGGUUCGUGAAUUAUUUGAAAUGGCUAGGAGUAGGCGCGCAUGCAUCCUAUUUAUUGAUGAAAUUGAUGCCAUAGGAGGAAGCAGAGGAGGAGAAGGAGAUGCACCUCAUGGAGAUCAUGAAGUACAAAGAACUAUGCUUGGUUAG